AUGCUAAACAUCCAUUUGCUUGUUUGGGAACUUAAUCAUUGUUGAGUUAUCCUUUUUUUACUGUUUCUCUCCAUGUGUAUGUUCAUACGUGUCUCUAUGUGUCGUUUGUGUUAUAUUUGUCUUUGGCAGAGGUCAUAACUCUGCUGUUACAAUAAAAUUGGGAUGACUGUUGUUGAAGUUAAACUUAUUAGUUUUAUGAUCGUCAAUUCAAGACGUAGAAAGGACUAUCAAGGGAAUAAAAAAGUUUUAAUCUCAAAGUCUAGCUUAACAUGCCAUGGCUGUGCUGCUGUGAUAAAGUCAGGCUAUUAUUGUUGAUGAUAGCACAGAAAGUGUUAAUUUUGAAGUUAAAGCUUACUAUUUGUAUCAUUCUCAAUCCAAGAUCUAGAAAGGAUUAUCUAGGGAAUACAAAAGUAUUAACCUCAAAAUCAAGCUUAAUAUGUUAUGAUUAUUCAUCCAAGGUUAAGAAAGCAUCAUGUAGGGAGUUCUAAUUGAUUUUCUCCAGUUCACGUUUCUCACAUUGAGCGGAGUACUCAUUAUUUGGUGUCUCAAUGGGAUUCUAUAGCUUCUCAAUUUCUUGUUUAUUAUGUUCAGAAUUGUGUUCUUUUAAUAUGUGGGCAAUUAAGCUCUCUCAUUACUUCUUGGUCUUGUUUUACACUUGGAAUCAUUCAAGAAGCUAGUGAUCAUAAUCAAUCAUCAGCUAAACUGGCUUUAAAAUGGUACUUUUCCUAUCAAGUGCUAGAAGAAAAUCAAUGAGAAUUGUAAUGGAUCAAUGCUGUGAUUUAAAAUUUACUAGAUUUUUCCAAAUUGCUGAAAUUUUUAAGAUAAGUUGCUGAGAUUAAAUAACACUAACAUUCUGGAUAUGUGGCCGCGGAGUAAAGUUCUCCUUUGAUGUUUUAAGUUAUUACUAUUAGUCUCCGUUACCGUGUUUAGUUUGUGUCAUACUGGAAAUUAGAUAUAUUGUUAUGAAGGCCUAAGGAAUAAUUUCCUAAUUUCUGUCCUGCUUGGAAGCUCAGUCUACUCUUCUGUUUUGCAAAUACAUUCAAUUUCAAUAUCAUCAGGUCAUGCAUAUAUUUUCAACUUAUUUUUAUGUCUACUCAUCCGUUGAAGUGCAUGAAUUUGGUACAAGCAUAGUACGUUAACUACAUAUACUUUUUGGCCUAGUUUGCGAAUUCAGGAAAGAAAAGAAAUGAACAGAAAUCACUAUUAGGAGAGAAAAAAUGGGUUACAUCUCAAUUACAUUGAUGAUUGUUUCAUGGGCAAAAUUAGCAUUUUAAUGAAGAAUCUCUCUCCAUAUAUAGGUUAUUUGGAGUUAGUGAAAUCUCCCUAUUUUACUUCUCCUCUCUUUGUCUUAUUCUCCCAAACGAGAGAACACUUGAACUUUCUGUAUAAAACAUUUUUUUCCCACCAAAAUGAAGUGUAGAGUUCCUUAGAUGUGGAUGCUAUCUGACUGUUACUCUAUUGUGCCUGCUCUACCUGCUUAGCCAAUCCUAAAGUGCUGUUCUGAAAUAAUGAUAACUGGAGGUGAAAAAGAAUCUUCUUAAAAAUAAAUAAAUAAAUAAAAUUUAUGGCUAAUGGCUGAAACAGAUAGCAUUCGACCUCUAUACUGAUAUAAGUGGUGGUUACUCAUAACACAAUGAUUAAAGAUGCUUUCUUGAUCUUGUUACCGUAAGUGUCAUGUAUAUAAAUUAUUUUGAGGGUACUUGCUCCAAUGGUCCCUAGCAUCUAUAGCCUUCUCUAGUUUGGUUCCUUAAACUUUGCUUUUGAUAAAUAAGCCCUGGACAUUCUUACUGGUUCCUAUCUAGUCAAUAAACAACAGAAUCUGUAUAUAAAGAUGGAAAGAUCCACAUGCAUUGUCUGUGGGCUGAAAAAGGGUAACAGUCAGGGUAUCGUCUUAGAUAUCUGGAUUCAAAUAGGGCUCUAGCAUAAUAUCUUGUGUAGCCAUGACCAUCUGCUAAAUGUGUAAGCUAGAGCAGGUGGUUUUAAAACACCUUAACUUAGAUAUGCUUGAACAAACUCCUAUAUGGUGUGCAAAAAGAUUUUUACAUCCUUAUCUUUCAUCUACAGUUGAUGUGCAAACGCAAAUUAGAUCUCUCAUGUGCUGUUCUUUAAAUUUCUAGAAAAUUUGGGGCAACUUGAAAAUCUUAUAGUUUUCUAGGAGUUCAAAUGAAAUUGUGAGGGACCAAAGUAAAAUGUAAUACCACUGCAUUAAUCAGAGACUGUAAUGAGUAGUGUACAAAUACGUGUUAUCACAUUUUAUAUUCUUAACUUAUGCUUUGAUUUGACAUCAUGAACGUCACAGCAGUGUCAUUAUCACGGUUGUUAAGGCAUUUAUAGGAAGUCAAUCUUUAAAAGCUGUAAUAGGUAUUUCCAAUAAAUGUCAUGGAUGCAAUUAAUCGGUGCAAUUAUUGAGACUUUUUUGUAUCAAGUAAUAUGCUGUGAAUUAUAAAUACCCCCUGUGACCGUACACACAUGCACCGUGAACUCCAAUUUACUGUGUGACAGCACCACCCCUGCCAUACUCUCUCUUUAAACCCUCAAUUUCGUCCUCGAAUACUCCGUCAAUCCCCCUUUCCCCAGUUUGUUUUCUCAACAACAUAUACCCUUCAAUUACCUUCCUGUUUAAUACCAAUUAGAUCAAUCACCCAUCAAUGGCUGCAAUUGGGGCAUCUAGUGUUAGUGAUGGGCCUGUCCUGAGCGUCAUCAACAAGCGCCUUCGUGCCCUCCGCAAGAAAUACAACCGCAUUCUUCAAAUGGAAGAGGUCCUUUCACAGGGCAAGACCCUCAAUAAAGAGCAGGAAGAAACCCUUCAUUCCAAAGCCUCUGUGAUGGGCUGCAUCAAUGAGCUUGAAAAGCUCAAAUUACCAGUCUGUGCUGCCGUUCAAAAGGAAUUAAAGGAAUCGGAGGUUGAAAAAAAAUUUUCCAUGGUUGAGGAAAUUAUAAGGCUGUUGUACUUUGCGACGGUGUUUAGCUUUCCGCGUAGACCUGAUUUUUGGGCAACUAGGAGUGAGAGGGAGCGAUGUUUGGCAUAUACUAAUGUCAAUGACAGUAAUGCGCGGGAGGUUGUUAGUGAGAUGGAUCUAACCCUCAUAUCUAUGCUUGGGAGCCUGCUAAUAUCAAGGCCUGUGAAUUGGACUUUGUCCCAUCAGAAUGCACUGCAACUGUGCGUUAAGCAUGCCAGGCUCUGGCUUGCUAAGUCUGAUCAGCCCAUUGGAUCUAACCCUUAUUUGACAUGUAUGAUGAAUUUUUCUCAUUUUUCUGUGGAAUGAACAUGUAAUAUGUGUGUGUCUAGCUUAUCUGUUUUCAAUGCUGUUAUCCUGCUUAUUGCUUUAAUGAGUUUUGGUUUUGUGUUUUGUGCAUUUCAUUUAUUGUUAUAUUGCUUGGUGAUUCUAGGCUAUUGAAUGAAGUUACAAUUCUUCCCCUUUUUGCUCCAAUUUUUUGUUUAAUUUUAGUUAUAUACUUUUAUAAUUACUGGUUCGCAUUUCACUUCUGUUUGUUGUAAUGGCUUUUUUGGA